AUGAAAAACAAAAUUUUAAUUUGUUUUUUGUUAUUGACAACGAUUUUUGUUUUAAUUCAUGGAAUCGGGAAUACUAAAAUUGAGACUAACAAUUCUGAAGUUAAAUUAGAAAGUCCAAAACAAAAACCGUUAAUUCCAAAAAAUUCAACUCACAAAAAUGUCAAGAAUUCCCAAACAAAAGCCUCAGCAAAAGUAAAGCCAGAAGAAGAAAGAAGCCAAACAGAAAUAGAAAAAAAAGAAAUCAAACAGAAAUCUGAUUCGAAAAGUAAAGCAGGCGUGAAUAUGUCGGACUUAAAACGGGUAUUGUCUGCUGGAGUACUCUCUUAUAAAGCAAAAGGAAGAAAUUCUGAGAAUUUCUGGAAUGAAUUGAAUAUGCUAGCGUCGAACUAAUUGAAAUAAUGGCAAAUAAUUUAAAAAGCGGUCCAGAACUGUCAAGCGACAAUAAAAUGUUGAUCCAAAAAUCAGCAAAACCCGAAGAAAAUUCCAAAUCAAUAAA